GAGAGAGAGAGAAAGAGAGAGAGAGAGAGAAUCAUAUUCCCUUCUUUCUAAGGAAACAGACAAAAGGACACUGGUGUAAAACUUCCCCAAACAAUUCAAUAGGAGGAAGUGCUCGUCACUGACUUUUUCCCCCCACCAUGAAGGCACAUUUCCUUUCUAGUCUUUGCUUCUCUUAUCUGGGAGAAUUUUUUGCCCCCAGUGAAACAUGAACAGCUGUUAACUGGAAAAUGGAGGCAGAAUUGUACGUGGUGGUUCUUACCUGCGUGAUCUUCGGAGGCUCAGAGGGGUUUCAGAUUGUUCAUGUCCAGAAACAAGUGUGCCUUUUAAAAACUGAGAUAGUGGCCAUAGGCUCUUGUAAUGGCACCAACCAGAACCAGCAGUGGAUGUGGACUGAGGAAGCAAAGCUCCUUCAUGUAAAGUCAGCAUUGUGCCUGGGCGUCUCCAAUUCAUCAACUGGUACUACCCGAUCAGUCACCUUUGCCCCCUGCUCCCAGGCACCCCAGUGGACGUGCUAUGCAAAUGACGGGUACCUUGAGGUUGGAAAUACUUCUCUCUUUCUCAAGAAACAUAGCUUUAAAGUAGUGGUCAAGAAGGGCAGGAAGUACCUCCAUAGCUGGAUGAAAAUGGAUGUCAACAAGGAAGGAAAAUCAGUUCGUGAACGACUCUGCUCUAAAAAAGCUGGCCUGGGAACAGAAGUUUCAGUAAGAAGCAUUAGAAACACUGCUGCUCCCCAAAUCCCCACCACAUUCCAUGUGGUUCCGUAUAGCCUGGCUCAGCUGACUAGAAAUACCACAGAGAUCUUUAUGAGAAGGACCACCGAAAACUACAAUCAAAACAGCAGCCUGAAGUAUCACCCCACUCCACCGACGACUGGAAUUCCAGAUACAUCUUGGGUUCCCUGGACUACUCCACCCUUCUCCCAGACCACCACAGAGACUGUUCUGGGGGAGCCACUGAGAUGUAACUUCACCCUGACUGAGUCCAGGGUCUCCAACCAGUCCGCGUUUCUUCAGUGGAGGACUUGGGGCUCAUCCUGUAACUUUAGCCUCGUCUACAGCAGUGACACCUCGGGGGCCACGUGGGCCCACCCUGUUAGGAUUGACAACAAUACCUAUGGAUAUAACCCCACGGAUCUACAAGCGGGAACCACCUAUAAUUUCAGGAUUGUUUCUCUGGAUGGAGAAGAGAGAACCGUGGUCCUGCAGACAGAUCCUUUACCUCCUUCUAGGUUUGAAUUUAGUAAAGAGAAGACUACUUCAACCAGCUUACAUGUUUGGUGGACACCUUCUUCUGGAGAAGUCACUGGAUAUGAAUUGCAGUUAUUUGCUGAUGCCCAAAAGAUACAAGAUAUCCAAAAUCCAGAAUUUACUUCAAGGAAUGAUCACACAUUUUUCAACCUCACUGCCGGAAACAAAUACAUUAUUGCCAUCACUGCUCUUUCUGGAGACAAACGUUCCUCAACAAUUUAUACCAAUGGAUCAACAGUGCCUUCCCCUGUGAAAGAUAUUCAUAUUUCAUCAAAAACUAAUUCUCUCCUGGUUUCCUGGUCCCCUGGCUCUGGGAAUGUGGAAAAAUACCAGCUGCUGCUAAUGGAUAAAGGAAUCGUCGUUCAAGACAGUGUUGUAGAACCAUCUGCCACUUCCUACACUUUUCAAGGGCUGAGCCCUGGCCACCUGUACAACCUCACAGUUUUGGCCGAGGUUGCAGGGCUACAGAACUACAAAUGGAAACUGGCCAGGACAGCCCCCAUGGAAGUCUCAUAUCUGAAGGUGACAAAUGAUGGCUCUUUGACCUCUCUGAAAGCCAAAUGGCAAAGACCUCCUGGAAACGUGGAUUCCUACAACAUCACCCUUUCUCACCAAGGGACCAUCAAAGAAUCCAGAAUGUUAGCACCUCAGAUUACUGAAACUUAUUUUAAAGACUUAACCCCUGGACGCUUGUAUCAAGUUACCAUCAGCUGUGUCUCAGGUGAACUGUCUGCGCAGAAGAUGGCCAUGGGCAGAACAGUUCCAGAGAAAGUUGGAAACCUGGAGGCAAAUGGCAAUGGUUCCAUGAAGUCCCUCGUAGUGAGCUGGUCGCCCCCUGCUGGAGACUGGGAGCAGUAUCGUAUCUUGCUCUUUAAUGAAUCUUUAAUGAUGCUGAACACAACAGUGAGGAAGGAAGAAACACACUAUGUCAUCGAUGGCAUGGGACUCAUACCAGGAAGACAAUAUGAAGUGGAAGUCACUGUUGAGAGUGGAAAUCUGAAAAAUUCUAAACGCUGCCAUGGCAGAACAGUCCCCCUGGCUGUCCUCCAACUUCGUGUUAAACAUGCCAAUGAGACCUCACUAAGUGUCAUGUGGCAGACCCCUGUAGCAGAAUGGGAGAAAUACAUCAUCUCACUGGUCGACAGAGACCUCUUACUCAUCCACAAGUCACUCCCCAAAGAUGUCAAAGAAUUCACUUUUACUGACCUGGUGCCUGGACGAAAAUACAUAGCUACAGUCACUAGUAUUAGUGGAGACUUAAAAAAUUCAUCUUCAACAAAAGGAAGAACAGUGCCUGCCCAAGUGACAGGCUUGCAUGUGGUCAAUCAAGGAACAACCAACAGCCUAUUUACUAACUGGACCCGAGCCCUGGGCGACAUAGAAUUCUACCAAGUCUUACUGAUCCAUGAAAAUGUGGUCAUCAAAAAUGAAAGUGUCUCCAGUGAGACCAGCAAGUACAGCUUCCACGCUCUCAAAUCAGGCAGCCUCUACUCUGUGGUGGUCACAACAGUGAGUGGCGGGAUCUCUUCCCGACAAGCGGUGGUGGAGGGAAGGACAGUCCCUUCCAGUGUGAGUGGUGUCACAGUGAACAACUCUGGGCGUAGUGACUACCUGGGCAUCUCCUGGCUGCCGGCUCCGGGGGACGUGGAUAACUACGUAGUGACCCUCGCCCAUGGCAGCACGGUAGUCCAGUCGCUCGUUAUUGCCAAAUCUGUCAGCGAAUGUUCCUUCAGCAACCUUGUACCCGGGCGCCUCUACAACGUGACUGUAACUACAAGGAGUGGCAAGUACGAAAAUUACACAUUCAGCCAAGAGCGGACAGUGCCUGACAAGGUCCAGGGUGUCAGCAUCAGCAACUCGGCUAGGAGUGACUACUUAAAGGUGUCCUGGAUGCAUGCCACAGGAGACUUCGAUCACUAUGAAGUCACCAUUAAAAACAAAAACAACUUCAUUCAAACUAAAAGCAUCCCUAAGUCUGAAAAUGAGUGUGUGUUUGUUAAACUAGUCCCUGGACGAUUGUACAGUGUUACUGUCAGUACAAAGAGUGGACAGUAUGAAGCCAGUGAACAAGGGAAUGGGAGAACAAUCCCUGAGCCUGUUAAAGAUCUAACCUUGCGAAAUCGGAGCACUGAAGACCUGCAGGUGACUUGGUCACGAGCUGAUGGGGAUGUUGACCAGUAUGAGAUACAGCUGCUCUUCAAUGAUAUGAAAGUAUUUCCUCCUUUUCACCUUGUGAACACAGCCACGGAGUAUCGCUUUACUUCCCUCACCCCAGGGCGCCAGUAUAAAAUCCUUGUCUUGACCAUCAGUGGAGAUGUACAGCAAUCAACCUUCAUCGAAGGCCUCACGGUUCCAAGCACUGUCAAAAAUAUUCACAUUUCUCCCAAUGGGGCAACAGAUAGCCUAACAGUGAACUGGACUCCUGGUGGGGGAGAUGUUGAUUCCUACACGGUGUCAGCCUACAGGCAGAAUCAAAAGGUUGAGUCCCAGACGAUCCCCAAGCAUGUCUCUGAGCACACGUUCCACAGACUGGAGGCCGGAGAACAGUAUCAGAUUGUGGUUGCCUCUGUCAGUGGCUCUCUGAAGAACCAGAUAGAGGCUCUGGGGCGGACAGUCCCAGCAUCUGUCCAGGGAAUUUCUGCAGACAAUGCAUAUAGCAGCCAUUCCUUGAUAGUAAGCUGGCAAAAAGCAGUUGGCGUGGCAGAAAGAUAUGAUAUCCUGCUUCUAAGUGAAAAUGGGAUCCUCCUGAGUAACACAUCUGAGCCAGAAACUAUCAAGCAACACAAAUUUGAAGACCUAAUACCAGGAAAGAAAUACAAGAUCCAGAUUCUAACUGUCAGUGGUGGCCUUUUUAGUAAGGAAGCCCAAACAGAAGGACGAACAGUUCCAGCAGCUGUGACCAAUCUGAGGAUCACAGAGAACUCCACCAGACACUUGGCCUUCACCUGGACUGCCUCUGAAGGGGAGCUCAACUGGUACAACAUCUUCCUGUACAACCCAGAUCGAACCCUUCAGGAGAGAGCUCAAGUGGACCCACAAGUCCAGAGCUUCUCUUUCCAGAACUUGCUACAAGGCCGGAUGUACAAAUUGGUCAUUGUAACUCACAGUGGGGAACUGUCCAAUGAGUGUUUUAUAUUUGGUAGAACAGUUCCAGCCACUGUGAGUAAUCUUAAGGGAUCUAAUCGGAACAUGACAGAUAGCCUCUGGUUUAGCUGGAGCCCAGCGUCGGGGGACUUUGACUUUUAUGAGUUGAUUCUCUACAAUCCCAAUGGUACAAAGAAGGAAAACUGGAAAGAUAAGUCUCUGACGGAAUGGCGUUUCCGUGGCCUGGUUCCUGGAAGGAAGUACACACUGUGGGUGGUAACUCACAGUGGAGAUCUCAGCAACAAAGUCAUCGGCGAGAGCAGAACAGCCCCAAGUCCUCCAAGUCUUAUGUCAUUUGCUGAUGUUGCAAACACAUCUUUAGCUAUCACCUGGAAAGUACCCCCAGAUUGGACAGACUACGAUGACUUUGAGCUGCAGUGGUCUCCCAAAGAUACGCUCACUGUCUUCAACCCCUACAGCACCAAAAAAUCAGAAGGACGCAUUAUGUACGGUCUUCGUCCAGGAAGAUCUUAUCAAUUUAGUGUCCAGACUGUGAGUGGUGAUUCCUGGAGAACCUAUAGCAAGCCAGUUUUUGGAUCCGUGAGGACAAAGCCAGACAAGAUACAAAACCUGCACUGCCGGCCGCAGAACUCCACGGCCAUUGCCUGUUCCUGGAUCCCACCCGAUUCUGACUUCGACGGGUAUAGCAUCGAAUGCCGGAAAAUGGACACCCAAGAAGUUGAAUUCUCCAGGAAGCUGGAGAAAGAGAAGUCUCUGCUCAACAUCAUGAUGCUAGUGCCCCAUAAGAGAUACCUGGUGUCCAUCAAGGUGCAGUCGGCCGGCGUGACCAGUGAGGUGGUGGAAGACAGUACCAUCACAAUGAUUGACCGCCCCCCUCCUCCACCUCCACACAUUCGUGUGAAUAAAAAGGAUGUGCUAAUUAGCAAAUCUUCUAUCAACUUCACUUUCAACUGCAGCUGGUUCAGCGACACCAAUGGAGCUGUGAAAUACUUCACAGUGGUGGUGAGAGAGGCCGAUGGCAGUGAGGACCUGAAGCCUGAACCUCAGCAUCCUUUGCCCUCCUACCUGGAGUACAGACACAAUGCCUCCAUUCAAGUGUAUCAGACCAAUUACUUUGCCAGCAAAUGUGCCGAAAGUCCUGACAGCAACUCUAAGAGUUUUAACAUUAAACUGGGAGCAGAGAUGGAGAGCCUGGGUGGAAAAUGUGAUCCGGACGAGCAAAAAUUUUGUGACGGGCCACUGAAGCCACGCACUGCCUACAGAAUCAGCAUUCGGGCUUUUACACAGCUGUUUGAUGAAGACCUGAAGGAAUUCACAAAGCCCCUCUAUUCAGACACAUUUUUCUCUUUGCCAAUCACCACUGAGUCAGAGCCUUUGUUUGGUGUCAUCGAGGGUGUGAGUGCUGGCCUGUUCUUAAUUGGCAUGCUGGUGGCUGUCAUCGCCUUAUUCAUCUGCCGGCAGAAAUCAAGCCAUGGCCGGGAUCGGCCUUCAGCCCGCCUAAGCAUCCGCAGGGACCGACCAUUAUCUGUCCACUUGAACCUGGGCCAGAAGGGGAACCGGAAAACUUCUUGCCCUAUAAAAAUACACCAGUUUGAAGGACACUUCAUGAAGCUGCAGGCUGACUCCAACUACCUUCUAUCCAAGGAAUAUGAGGACUUAAAAGAUGUGGGUCGGAACCAGUCAUGUGAUAUCGCACUUCUGCCAGAGAAUAGAGGAAAGAAUCGAUACAACAAUAUAUUGCCCUAUGAUGCGUCUCGAGUGAAGCUUUCCAACGUGGAUGAUGAUCCGUGCUCUGACUACAUCAACGCCAGCUACAUCCCUGGCAACAACUUCCGAAGGGAAUACAUUGCGACUCAAGGGCCUCUUCCUGGCACCAAGGAUGACUUCUGGAAGAUGGCGUGGGAACAGAAUGUCCACAACAUUGUCAUGGUGACCCAGUGUGUGGAGAAAGGCCGAGUCAAGUGUGACCACUACUGGCCAGCAGACCAGGAUUCUCUCUACUAUGGUGACCUCAUCCUGCAGAUGCUCUCCGAGUCCGUGCUACCCGAGUGGACCAUCCGGGAAUUCAGGAUAUGCAGUGAGGAACAGCUCGACAUGCACAGAGUCAUCCGCCACUUCCACUACACAGUGUGGCCAGACCACGGCGUCCCAGAGACCACCCAGUCCCUGAUCCAGUUUGUGAGAACUGUAAGGGAUUUCAUCAACAGAAGCCCCGGGGCUGGGCCCACCGUGGUGCACUGCAGUGCUGGUGUUGGCCGAACAGGGACAUUUAUCGCACUGGACCGAAUCCUGCAGCAGCUAGACUCCAAGGACUCUGUAGACAUUUAUGGAGCAGUGCAUGACCUGAGACUUCACAGAGUGCACAUGGUCCAGACUGAGUGUCAGUAUGUGUACCUACAUCAGUGUGUAAGAGAUGUCCUCAGAGCACGGAAGUUACGGAGUGAACAAGAAAAUCCCUUAUUUCCAAUCUACGAAAAUGUGAAUCCAGAGUAUCACAGAGACAUGGGCUACUCAAGGCACUGAGAAUGUACCUGAAGAUUCUCCUGGAGGAAAAAAAUCUACUCUGUAUGAUUUUAAAACAUACAAACAAAAGCCCUUGCUCCAUGCCUUACAUAGGUGCCAGCAAUUUCUGUUGAUACUAUGUAUAAUUUAUUAAUCUGGAGAAUUUUUAAGAAUUUAUGUAAUUUAAAGGUAACAGAUAUUAUUGUAUAUAGUUGUAUUUUGUAGUUUCUUCUGUAAAUAUGUAUUUUUUCAUACUGUUGAAUAUUAAGCAUUACAUAAGGUCUAUUUUUUUUCCACACCAAAGUGUUCAUGGAUUGAUCUACAUAAGCUAAUUCAGCCUCCAUGCUAGGACUACAAGUCAGAUAUCUGUGGCAGUGGUUUCAGGGGAGAUCCCUUGGGCCACAGUCUUUACUUGUGAAAUUUCUGGAAUGGUAAGGCAGGGCUGGAGAGAGUUAAGAGUAUGGCUGACUUGGCUGCAGUGCUGCUCUGUAAUUCUGGGUAUUCGAUGCUAUCUGAUACAAAUACAAAUAGAUACAAAUAGAAUUGCCAUCAAAUGAAUGGGGAAAUGGUGCCUGGAAAGUCACCCAGCACCAGAUCUAAAAGGUGGCUGUGCCUAAACUAUUUCGCCCCCUUUCUCCUGCCAGAGUUUAAGCCAAAAUGGUGAGUUUAGGGACUGCAUGUAAGCCCAGCUGCAGGGCUGAGGACUCAGAGAGAAGGAUCCAAAUCAAAGGGAGGAAUUAUUAAGAACAGUACUUCCUGUGCUCUUGACUGGGAACAUACUGCACGUGCCAACCAUAAUAAAAGGAGAUGAUUCCCUGUGUUCAGAGCGUGACAUCACCCUAUAUAUCCACCCUAUCAAGUCAGUGUGGGACAGGGACAUGCACUGCAUCUUCCAUGGGGCUGUGUUCCUGGAAGAGUCCACAUGGAGAUGAACAGAUUCAGUUUUCCCAUUUAAAGAGAGUCUGGUGGCAGAUUGUACUCUGGAUCCAAGGACCUAAUAUCAACAUUUUCAUAGGCCUGUCCAUAAAUAUCACAUCUCUCUCAUUUCAAAGACAGGCAGCAAACACAAACCUCGGUGGUGUCUAGUGGAAAACUUUCCAAAAGACUUCUAGUGAAUGGUCAAGGUCAAAAUAUGAAGUUGUUACUCUGUUUUGUUUAAUGUAAAAGGCACUCUACCAGGUUUCUCUGCAAUAUUUAUACCUGUUUAUGCUAUAACAGGGCUAGAGCAAUAGCACAGUGGGUAGGGUGUUUGCCUUGCACGCAGCCAACAUGGCCGACCUGGGUUUGAUUCCUCCCCCCCUCUCGGAGAGCCUGGCAAGCUGCCAAGAGUAUCUCGCCCGCACAGCAAAGCCUGGCAAGCUACCCAUGAUGUAUUUGAUAUGCCAAACACAGUAACAGCAAAGUCUCACACUGGAGACGUUACUGGGCCUGCUCAAGAAAAUCGAUGAACCAUGGGAGGAUAGUGACAGUGACAGUGAUCCUAUAAAAUAUUUCAAUGAGGUAAAAUGAGGACAUUGAUUCCUUGAGGUUCAGUCCUGAAGACUCCCUGGGAAAAAUUUGAAAAAGCAUCUGUACUGUGGAAUCCUCCUGGUUACAUGAGAAAAUAUGCUUCUCUCUCUCUCUCUCUCUCUCUCUCUCUCUCUCUCUCUCUCUCUCUCUCUCUCUCUCUCUCUCUCCAGACUUAAGUAGACAUCAUAUUUGUUGGUUACAUAGCUGCACAUUUGCAGGGAGGGUACAUUUCUUUUAAAAAUACAUAAUUUUGCUACUUCUCACAAAGUCCCAUAUGUAAUAUAACGGGUGUGACUGGCAUAGCAUUAAAUAUACCUGAGCUAGUUAUAUAAACCUAUUUUCAAACUGGAAAUUUUUCCUAGGACUAUUUGAAAUUUAAAAACAAAGUUAAAAAAAACUUUGCAAGGUUGGAUGUGAAGAAGAAGGUUCUAAGUUUUCACAGUGCUGAGCACCCUUGUGAAACAGCAGGAUUAGACUCUUAUUCUGUCUCAGGGAACCAGGUAGAUCUUUUGAAAAUGGAAAGGAAUGACAUGUUUGUAAAUGUGGCAAGCAUAUCACUAGGGAGAUUUAUGCGGUGUGCUGUCAAUUAGAAAUAACUUUUCCUACAUUUGUAAAUAUAAUUUUGAAUGAACAUGGCUCAGUGCAUAUUAAUACAUAGAAAGACAAAUUCAUUUUUGGCUUUUCAUUGAUUCUAUAAACUUUUAGGAAAAGCCUACAACCUGCUUGAUGGCAUCCUAGAAAUGAUAUGUUUUGUAAUACAAAGAGAAUGCGUCCUCACCAUAAAGUUAGGGUUAUAGUCUUUAUUUCCAGUCGAGCUUGAAAAGGGACUCAGCAGUGUAAUAACCAAGGAAUCCCGGAGCCAGAGCAAUAGUACAGCUGGUAGGGCACUUUCCUUGCACACGCUGAACAAGUUUCGAUCCUCAGCACCCCAUAUGGUUCUGCAAGCCUGCCAAGAGUGAUCCCUGAGCACAGUAAGCCCCGAGCACUGCCGGGUGUUACCCCAAAACAAUCAAAUAAAUAACUAAGGAGUCCAGGCCAGCAACCCAAAACCUCUCCCACAGUGCAGCUGCUGCUGCAAUUACAGGCAGAUGAUUCUAGGAGAGAGAACAAUUUAUUGCACACACCAGGAAUGAAAACCAUAAAAAUCUACACAUCUGCAAUGGUAAAUAAUGCUGGCAUACCCUGGUCUAUCUGGAGUGGAAUCAGAGCUGUGAAAAUGGAAAUGACAUGGGAAAAUUGUAUGUUCUUUUUAGUCUAGUCCAGGAAAUAUUAAAUUCUACCCUCCACCUGUCUAAUUUUAAAUCUCCUUAGCAACAAAUAUUUCACUAUCUUCUCUCUACUGCCACACACUAAAUACAUAAUUGAUUUAUUUAUUAAAUUUAGGAGGAAAAAGAAAGUUUCCUUGACAUUCAGCUUGAUUGGUUGGAUUUUAAUUUCAUCUCAUCACAGCCUAGGACUUGGUAAACACCCAUUUCCUGCCAUGGUGGGCUUCCUGUGUGUGCACCUGUGUGAACACACUAAUCAUCAGGGCUUCAAAGUGCUCUUGAGCUAUCAAAUCUUGGGAGAGUCCUGUCUUGCAUCUUAAUAAUAAUUCAUCCAGGUUCUUUAUAAUUAACUCCUUUAAUCUCUACUCAUUAAAUCAAUUUUGUGUUAUCAUUCCGUUGUUUUCUGGGUUAGAGCAAACUUCUCAGCUCUUGAAUCAGAUUUUUCAAAGACUCAUCUCUCUAUCUGGGCUUAUACACAUUUCCCCUAACUCAGUCACCAUUCCUUAAUAUUUCUGAGUCCACUUUUUCACUUGUCCUUUUCUUUCAUUUCAGUUAUCUCUGAUUUACAAUGAUGUUUACUGAUGUUGGUUUUGGGGUUUUUUGUUUUUUUUUGUUUUACUUUUGCAGUACAGGGGAUUAAACCCAGGGCCUCACACAUAAAAGGCAACUUCCCUAUCACUGAGCUACAUCCCUGACCCCCCCUUUUCCAUUUUGAAGAUAUUUGCUUUCCUAGACAAAUAUGACUUUCUUUUCUGUUGAUUUUAUCUCCUAUGGACCCAUUGGUAUUUUUAUAAACUUUUCUGGCUUCAUAUUAGAAAAAGAAAUGGUCAUUUUUAAAUAGUGCAAUGUCUUUCUAGCACUCGGACAUUUGGGAACAGUCUUUCACUGAUUUUGUUAUCAACUCUUAAAAUGAAUCCCCAAGCAACAUGGAAAAAAAAACCCGUAGUAUUAGAUCACUAAACAGCUGUUCGUCAAUACAAAAAUAGGCCUUAUAUGUUUUACUUCAUACUCCAAUUCUCUUCCCUUAAUGUUUCUUAUAUUAACAGGAUCCAGUUUCCUAUAAUGAUAAGCACUCCCAAUAAUUCUUGCAAUAAAAUGAUCAGCCAUAUAUCAACUUCUCAUUUUCUUAACUUUCUGAUUAUUUUUUUCUGGUUAGAUUCCUGAAAUUAUAAAUCAGCCUGAUUUGUUUGAUGGGUGGCAUGACUGAGAUCCAACUCAGUGCUGUUCUGGAGUUUUACUCUCUAACUUGCGUCCAAUCCAAGUCCAUCUAGUAAAACAAUAGUUAACCAUUUGUUUGUUUGAGGUAGUGGUUCAAGGAUUUUCCAGGUUCCAUUUUAUUGAAAAACUGAAAGUAAUUGACCUAUCAAGACAGUGGAAAAAGAAUCAGAUCCUCCUUCAACAAGUUCACAGUUAAAGAAUAGAGUGAAUGUGGGGGGGGGGGGGGAGGGAAACGAGGGUAGAAUCAUAGUGGAAAAUAUCAUUAUUAGCCCAAAGGCACUGGUACAUUUCUGAGUACUUUUAACCCAAGACUUUGAAUCACAUGAAGACAUUCAUCACAUGAAAAUAUUCAGAGAAUGUUUAAUAGAAAAGUAAAAUAUGUAAACCAAGACUAUGGAAAACAAGCAAAAUGAUACCAAAAGAGGAAAAUAUUUGAAAAGAAGGAUUGUGCAAGAUGUCAGGAGAAAAAGAAAAUGGCAUUCCUUGUGUCUAGACUGUCCUAUGAAAAUGUCACAUCUUUUCAUUAGGACAUAUCAUUUUUUGGAGGUUCACUUUGACUACAUUAGUCAGAUGAUUUACCAAAAUGAAUUGAAUCGCUAGUUUUAUAAAUUCACUGAAGAUGGAGUUUCCAGACACACUUUGAUUCUUAAAGUGGUUGAUGCCUUUGAAAAUGUUUGGUCUUUUUAGUUAAAAUGCCGGGUAAUGUUUGAUAUAGCCAUAACAGCAAAAAUUCGUCCUGUUCUAAAAAUGUUUCCAGCAAUAGAAAUAUUUCUAAAUAAAAGGAUCCUCUUGACUUAUAGGGAGGCUCCCCAGAAAUAAAUGUAUGCAACCGCAAGAAAGGAAUUUUGGUUUUUUUAAGUGUCUGUACAGAGACGCCCAAGAAAUGAGGAAAUUGUGGGUGAAUGUUCCUAAGGUGGAGGCUUAUGUAAUGAAAAUAAGAGAUCUAUUAACAGAUUUACCAAAGAUUAUUUUCAUAACCUAUGUGCCAAUGAAAUGAUCUUAUAUAAGAUGCCAAAAUAAGUUCUUCCAAACAGUGAAGAUCGACAAAUGUGUUAUGUCCCUUCUAGAAUAUUCACAAGUCAAGGGUAGUUGUGGUUGAUAUUUGCCUUAAAUCAUUUCUUUCCAGGAUUACCAUCUUCAUACAAAAAACAAGUUUUCUUGGGGCUGGGAAUGUUGUAUUUUAAUAGCUGAGUAUGUAGAUAAAUAAUUCAACAAGAAAGGAGCACAUGUAAUCAUGCUGGUGGGAGUCUAGCGGAGCCUGAAGGUGUGUGCAGGUCAGCGGGGGUGCAUGUGUAGCCUUCAAAGGCACCACCUCCUGCUCUGGUCCGGGUGGCAAGGACCCGCUUGCCUGGCACCAGACCUUUCACCUGACAGUUGCUGAGCUCUGUUCCCCUGUGCUGGGCUCCUCCUUGGCUUAUCACUUUUGCAAGGACGAGGACCCAAUCUUUCAUCCCUCCUCUCCUACCUGGGAGAAAUUAACACAAAGCUCAACAGUCGUUCAGCAAAUACAUUUUGAGUGGGAAUUGCUCCCGACCCUACACGUCGGGUAUAAAGAUUGUCAGUGACUGAUGCUCUUGUCCAUGGACAUUCAUCUGACGGUUCCUUGACUUGUGUAAAGCUUAAAUCAUGUAAAUAAAUACAGCAACUGAACUUAUGUUCUGUAAUAGAGCACUUUUAUAUUUUUACUACCAUGUACUCUUUUGCUGAAGAUAUGUUUAUUUAAAAUGGCAGUAGAUUAAUCUAUUUUUUCAUACCAUAGUAUCUACCCACAAUAUUGUUAACCAAUCUCUGUGAAUGAAGAACUUCAUUAGUAUUUCUAUUUAAAGAGUAUAAUUGCCUAAUAUAUUUUCAUACUUAUAAUGAUGGCCAACACAUUAUCUACAGAAUAUCUUAUACUCCUCUGUACAGGAAUAAAAUUGCUAUUUGUUGA